CUGUCGUAAUCCCACCUGCCGCAAUUCGGCCGUGCUCGGUAGUCCUUAGCCACGUAUGUGAGUUCGUUGAUGACCACUUUGUACAAGUUUUAUAACAUCGUGGACUGCCGCUAGUUAAUGCUACAGAAUGUUGUCGGACCUUCUGUUGUUUGGGACGUUACUUAUAAACGCCGGAGCGGUGCUGAACUUCAACCUAAGCAAGAAAAAAGGCAGCAGCAGUGGAUUUGACAGUGAUGACCAGCCCAGGGCAGUGACAGCCGGAGACAGGAUACGAGAGUUCCUGUUGAGUCUGCAGUACCUGCGGAUCUUCAUAGCUCUGUGGAACGUCUUCGUCAUGUUCUGUAUGAUCGUACUCUUUGGGUCCUAACCAGGACACAAAAACUGCUGUAUAUUCAAAGACAUUCAACUUCGAGUACUGAAUUUAGACUCUACUACAUGUACUGAAUGAAAAUUGCUCUUUGGGUCUCAACGACAAUUCAAACUGAAUAGAGUAUGGAGAUUACUGUGGGACGAUUUGAGUGACAUCCAUCACUCUUCUUCAGCAUCACUAGAAGGUGUAUGUUAUUACUGGAGACUAUAGCUGGUUGUAGGACUGAACAAUAGCUACUGCUGUACAUAAUGUGAAUACAUGACAAUUCUGUCAUCUUUACUGGUAGCUGCAGAGUCAAUGUAAAGAUUGCUCCCAGAAACUUACAAGAGGGACUCCUCUGUAUCUGUUGUCUUUGCUCUGGAAGAACUCGUGUAAUAGUGUAGCAGAAUCAUAGAUCAUGUCUGACAUUGUGUCAAACUAUUAAGGGUUGCCGAUUGUACCAUACAAGAUCUGUUCCCAUGUUAUGAUUUCCAUACUACAAUUUAUUCCUUUAAUGUUAGUAAGUUAGUACAUAGGAUUAGUAGAUUUGACCAUAGGGUUAUGUUACUUACUGUGAGGAAGUCAAUUGACUACCGGUAUAUUCUGCCAAUUUUUGAUGGCAUGUAAAUGUUUCCAGAGAGAUAUAAAGGAACCACUGUACACUGUAUGGUAUUUAUAAGGAAACUGAAGUUGUUUUGGUCCAAUUAUAGCCUGUAUGUAUUUGGUGUCCAACAGUGUCACCCAUGACAAAUACUAGUACUGCUGUAACAGUGCAAG